UCCCACUUCGCUUUUUACCUCGGGGGGAAAUUCCUACCUCCAAAAGAGUGCAAGAGCGGAGAGAAAAAGGUAAAAAGAAAAAAAAACCGCUUAAAACGGAGUCCUUCAGCCGGAUUUGUAGCCAGCGCGAAUCAAAGUCCAACGAACUGUCAACGUCCAAAGCGCCACCGGAUGCUGCAGAACGCCUGAAGGUAGAUUGGGAACCUUUUAUCCGUCUCCCUUCCCCCAUCUCACCCCAUAACCCCCAGCAACGCUUCGUCGAGUAACCUGGACGCCGUCCUCCGGCCAUGAGCGCCCAACCCGAAGCCCGACUACCGAGCGCCGUCGAGGUGCCUGGGAUAGGCGCCGGACACGAGUCGUCGUCGGACGAUGGCGAUGUGCUGCUGGAGUCGAUGGGUUACAAGGCCGAGCUGGUACGCACGCGGUCGACCUGGCACAUCGCCUUCAUGUCGUUCGUGCUCGCGUCCAUCCCUUACGGCCUGGCCACCACGCUCUACUAUCCGCUCCAGGGCGGCGGCCCCGCCGUUGUCGUCUGGGGGUGGCUGCUCGUGAGCCUCAUCGUCCUCUGCGUCGCCGCGUCGCUGGGCGAGAUCACGUCCGUCUACCCGACCGCCGGCGGCGUCUACUACCAGACCUUCAUGCUCGCCCCCGCCAAGUUCCGCCGAGUCGCCGCCUACAUCUGCGGCUGGGCCUACGUUGUCGGCAACAUCACCAUCACCCUGGCCGUGCAGUUCGGCACCACCCUCUUCUUCGUCGCCUGCGUCAACGUCUUUGAGAAGCCCGGCGUGGACGGCGAGCCCGUGGGCGUCUGGGCCGGCGAGACCUAUCAGGUGUUCCUGACCUUCCUGGCCAUCACGCUGCUGUGCAACGUCGUCUCCAUCUUUGGGAACCGCUGGCUGCACCUGCUCGAUACGUUUGCCAUCUUUUGGACCUUUGCUGGCCUCCUGGCCAUCCUCAUCACCGUUCUCGCCGUCGCCAAGGAGGGCAGGCACAGCGCCGAUUUCGCCCUGGGCGGGUUCGAGGUCACCUCCGGCUGGCCUGCUGGCUGGUCUUUCUGCGUCGGCCUGCUCCACGCCGCCUACGCGACCUCGUCGACCGGCAUGGUCAUCUCCAUGUGCGAAGAGGUCCAGCGCCCCGCCACCCAGGUGCCCAAGGCCAUGGUCAUCACCAUCGUCAUCAACACCAUCGGCGGCCUGCUCUUCCUGGUGCCCCUCAUGUUCGUCCUGCCCGACCUCGCCAUGCUCAUCGCCCUCCCCUCGGGCCAGCCCGUGCCCACCAUCAUCAAGUCCGCCGUCGGCUCCUCGGGCGGCGCCAUCGCCCUGCUCCUCCCCCUCAUGGUCCUGGCCAUCCUCUGCGGCAUCGCCUGCACCACGGCCGCCUCGCGCUGCACCUGGGCCUUUGCCCGCGACGGCGCCAUCCCGGGGUCCAAGUGGUGGAAGCAGGUCCACCCCACCCUGGACCUGCCCCUCAACGCCAUGAUGCUCUCCAUGGUCAUCCAGAUCCUCCUGGGCGUCAUCUACUUUGGCUCCUAUGCCGCCUUCAACGCGUUCUCGGGUGUUGGUGUCAUCUCGCUGACUGUCUCGUAUGCCGCCCCCAUAGCCGUGUCCAUGCUCGAGGGGCGUGCCCACGUCAAGGGAGCCAAGUUCUCCCUCGGCAGGAUGGGCUGGCUGUGUAACGGUAUCGCCCUCGCAUGGUCGAUCCUCGCCGUCCCCCUCUUCUGCAUGCCUGCUUACAUUCCCGUCACCGCGGCAAGUGUUAACUACGCCCCCGUUGUGUUUGUCGGUUUUGUUGUCAUUGCUUGUGCGUGGUACGCGGCCUGGGGCCGCCGGAACUACCGUGGCCCGCCGACCGAGAGCCUCGGCGAGGAUCCGAUGCCCGCUGGGCAAGGUGCCGGUAGCUCCAAGAAAGACUAACGCAGCGCUGCAUCUCGUGUUGUCGUGUCUGAUUUCUUCCGAGUAUUAUUGUUACACCGUAUCAUGGUCGCGAGGCGUUCAAGGCGUCGCAUGUCAAGAGGGUCCGUUCAACACCCCGUGUCCCAAAGCAGAUACGCCCUCCUCCCCUCCUUCUCAACUUAGUUUUGGGCGCAAGCACCUAGGUCAACAGAACUAUCUUAUUCGAAAAGAAUUGCUCUUGAAAUCUCCCCGGUUGGCGUUCCAUCAGUUGAAGCGAAGCCGUGAGAAGAAGAGGUAUCAUCCAAACCCACUAAUGUCUGAACUGUGUGU